AUGGCAGAUGCAGGAAGAGCCUACGGACAAACAGCGCGUUUUACCACUCGAGAAAGGCGACGUGAGGGAGGGGCGGCGAGAGCAGAAGAGAUGACAAAAGAAGAGAGAUGCACAGCACCACCCGAAGUCGCAGGAUCGAUCAGGACGGCUUCCGAGCACCUGCCACGGAUGCUCAGCUCAUUGAUGGGCCACAAACUCACAGCAAGCAGCCUUCUCCCGCGCCAGCAAUCGAUCGAGUUCUUCCGAGACCACCAAAUACAGCACGAGCGCAAGAUACCCGAGUGCUCCAGCAGGCGAGACAAAAGACAGCUCCUUCUUAUCACGUCGCCAGACCAGGAAGGGGGUGACAACAGGGCCAAUGAGGCGAAUACCGAGAAGAGAGAGCCUAGCAGUGUGCAAACGGUGGGGAGGCUUUCACAGGUCAUACUAGAAAAAAGAGUGGACUGCAAAAGCUGUUUCAUUCACCUAUUUGACCCGCUAACUUUCACGGCGAAAAGUCCGAGCUCCGUACAUGACAACUGUCUUCCCACCGUCGUAACCACUCACCCGACCCUCGACAGUGCGCAUCUUGUUGUACUGCGACCAGCGCUCCGCCCACCACCCACCACCCACCACGCACUGUUGGCGCCAGCCUCCCACCCUCACGUAGCCAUGGCAUUCGUUCGGCGCGAGUAUGAGGCCCCAAGUAUCCGCGACAAGAGCAUGGUAUACAGCGACACCAAGAGAUUCGUGAACAGCAAUUUCGGCGACACCGUCCGGCCGAUUGUGGUCGGCGACAUACUCCCAGACACGGGAGACAGGAUGACGAGAAAGUUCGUGCGUGCAAAACUAGGCAUUGCCAUCAGCGUGAAGGAAGCGAAGGAGUCCAAGAGCAUGGAAACCCAGGAAGCGAUGGACAGAUGGUUGUUUGAUCGUAGACUUUUAGCAUGGGAAGAUGUUGGCGCCGACGGCUGGUUCGGAAACUGGAGUGGUUUGAGCGACUGGGAGAUAUUCUGGCAAUGCAAUAGUGCAGGCUUCUCGGAUAGGUUCAAGUACACCCCAGGUGAGGAGCUGAGCGAAUACUGGGAGUCCCUCUUCACGAUCACGCAAGCGCGAAUCUUCGUGCGGAAAGGCGUGCGCCGGAGCCUGGCUCCGGGAAUCACCUGGAGGCCCAAACCGACGUCGAAAUUGCAAUCCUCUCCCCAACAGCGGCACGAUUCGCAGUCCAACACAACAUCUUCGAGCAAUGUCGCCGUCAAGUCGACCGCUGUCCAUACAGCGGGUCGAGGCCUCUUCAAGUUAUCCACCGAGCUGCGCAAUUCCAUCUACGAAAUGACCAUCCGAGAUCCGAUUGGAGAGAAUCGAGUGGUUUACGUCUUUCCAUCGCUCCCCGGAAUAUCCUGCUUCUCGCCCAACGCCUACCAGCAAUGCCGGGACCCAGGAAUACUACGGACCUGCAAGAGAAUCCGCGAAGAGUCGAUGCCCAUCUACUACACCAAUCAGAAUAUCGUCGCCGUUAUGCCACCACUCUCCCGGCUCCGUGUGAUAUACAACCCGACCGCGCACUUGCAGCCCCUCCUGCCCUUCAUGAGAAACCUGGACGUGUUACACCGCUUUAACUAUAACGACCACAUCAAGCAUUCCGAAGAGCAGCAGGCCCAGCCCCAUUAUGGCACUGCGACCGUCGUACUGCAGCUUCGUGGGGACUCGUUCUCGACCGCCGUGUUCGUAGACGCUGCCACGAGCAACGAACGUGAGAGAGCCCAGAACUGUUGUGAUGGAAGCAAUCUAGAUUCCAUCUCGAGAGGCGUGGAGGCGAUGGAGACUGUGCUCACAGAGGCUAUGAAAUCCCGUGUGAUCACGAAGCAGGGGGACUCGAUGUACAAGUGGAUGAAAUUCUCAAGGAUGGCGAUGAACCGAGUACAAGACGAAUGGGACGAGGCCAUCAGGGGCUGA